AUGCGCUAUGUGGGCCAUGGUGGCCGCGUGAUGAUCGAGCGGGCAAUGCGAGCGCGCGGUCGCACCAUUUCGCCGGUCGAACUUGAGCGGCUUAUGGCAAGCUUUCUCGCCCAUUACGAAGGCAACAUGCCGGGCCUGACAAAACCGUUUGAUGGUGUUGAACGCGCCAUGCAGGCCUUUACCGAUGCCGGAUACAUCCAUGCCAUCUGCACCAACAAAUACGAAGGCAUGUCAAAAGCCCUGCUGAAGGGUCUUGGUGUGGACAAUUUGUUUGCCGCCAUUUGCGGACAGGAUACCUUUGCCUACAAGAAGCCGGACCCGCGCCAUCUGCUGGAUACCAUCAUCAUGGCAGGCGGCGAUCCGGAUUGUGCCGUGAUGAUCGGCGACAGCAUAACCGACAUUGAUACGGCCAAGGCAGCAGGCAUUCCGGUCAUUGCCGUUGAUUUUGGCUACUCGGAUCGACCGGUUGCGGAAUUGGAACCAAGCAUCGUCAUCUCGCAU